AAAGGAAAUACACCUUGCAAAAUAGCAUCUGCUGCUUGCUUGUGGGUGAUUCGCUGUAGAUUCCUUUUUGCUCAUAUAUAAGUGUUCCGAUCCUUUUGUCUUCUAUUUCCUCAUCUACUCAAAAUGACAGGUUCUUCUCCUCAAAACUCUCUUGACAACAGCAAGAAUGUCCUCGCUGGAUUAGCUCCACUGGAAGCUGUAUUAUUUGAUGUUGAUGGAACUCUGUGUGAUUCAGAUCCAUUUCACUAUCAGGCUUUCUAUGUAAUGCUUCAAGAGAUAGGAUUUAACGGAGGAGUUCCCAUAACUGAGGAUUACUACAUCGAGAACAUUGCUGGCAAACAUAAUGAUGAUGUUGCUAGGCUACUCUUCCCUGAUGAUUUCGAACGUGGUGUAAAGUUCACAGAUGACAAAGAAGCCAUGUUUCGCCGACUUGCAGCAGAAAAAUUGAAGCCUCUGGAUGGUCUUGAAAAAGUGAAGAAAUGGGUUGAAGAUCGUGGUCUGAAACGCGCCGCUGUUACAAACGCUCCAAGACCAAAUGCUGAACUCAUGCUCACUAGUCUCGGGCUUUCAGAUUUUUUUGAUGUUGUAAUCAUUGGGAAUGAAUGUGAUCAUGCCAAGCCACACCCAGAACCUUACUUGAAGGCCCUGGAAAUACUAAAGGCAUCCAAGGAUCACACUUUUAUAUUUGAGGAUUCUGCGUCGGGGAUAAAAGCUGGCGUGGCAGCUGGGAUGCCUGUUGUUGGUAUAACCAUCAGAAACCCAGAACAUUUACUUAUGGAAGCAAAGCCCACCCUACUUAUAAAAGAUUAUACUGAUCCGAAAUUGUGGGAGGUACUCGAAGAGCUUGAUACGAAAGGAGGAAUUCUCAGGUUGCUGCAGCAAUGCUUCUGUCCAAGCAACAAGCAUUUUUUGUGUCAUCAAAAAGACAACAAAUGGGGGAAAAAGGCCCACAUGAGCUUAAGGAAAAGAAAGAAAAUGAGAGCCCUAAUAUCAUAUAUGAUGAUCCUCACUUUUGUAACACGUGCUGCAAGGGACACAACCAGUAGCCAUUAGAGAGGAAAAAUGGAUAAGAAGAAAAAGCAAAAGAAAGAGAAGGAUUCAGGAGAGGAUAACCAUUUUGGGAACAUCUUUUUGCCUUGAUUCUCUUACCCUUCUCCUUAAUAUUUUAUUUUAUUUUUCUUGUAUUUUCUAAACUAUGAUUUAUUUUGUUAUGGGCUGUUUUGAUUUUGGAUUUGCGCUCUUGAAUUCAGCCAUGAACUAAAUCUUUUGAGGCUUGAAUUAUCAAUAACUCUAUGUUUUAAUUCUAA